AUUCUGCAAGUGCAGCGUAAAUGAAAUAAUAAAAAAUAAAUUUAAGCAUAAAAAUUCACAUCUUGCGUGUUAAGAAGAUAUUUAAAAUAUCUGUAGUUCUGUGAGUGCAACGAAAAAAUAACAGAAAGUAUCUGAAAUAAAGGUAACAGAAAAUAUUCGCAUUUAUGGUUCACAACUUAAAAAAUCCAAAAUUUGCGCUUGUGCAUGAUCAGUUCUGACAUAAUUGCAUUUUAAAUUAUAAUCAUUAUCUUUUAUUGUCGUGCUUUAUUGAUUCCUGUGGAUUGCGUUAUUUAUAUUAUUUAUUUGUUUUAAAUUGAAAAACGUCCGGUUCAUUCAUAUAAUUUGCAAUUCGUGUACAAUAAAUAACUAAUCACCUGUGUACCACCUGUGUUCAAUUUAAUUAGAACAAAACUUCAUUAAAUAAUAAAAUUAACAAAAAUGACGAGAUUACUUCAAACACUACUUUUCUCAACACUAUUUUGCAUCACAGUUCUCAGUGCACUAACAGAAUCCAGUGAUAUCACAACCACACAAAAACCACAACAACAUCAUCGUCGACAACAUCAUCGAAUACAUCAUAAAGAACAUCGAAGACGUGAACAUAUUAGUGAACGUUUAACUAAAACACAAGAACUAAAUGAACAAAUCGAUCUUAUAGAUCCGAAAGAAGCACAGCCACGAGUUUUGAAUAGUACAAGAAUAAGACCUCUUACUGCAAGGGAUUAUUAUAAUCGAGUUGUGCAGAGAAGACAGAAUGUGCAUAGAAACAUUCCUACCGAAUGGGGUUACAAUACAUACAAUGUGCUCACUAAUACGUUUGAUACGUCACCAGUAGGAAAAAGUGCUGGUAAAGGUGAUGAUAAUAUGCACGAUGUAGAAUUUAUAAGCAAUAAUGCGGGCACCAGCCCUGAAUGGGCAGCACCAAAUCCAAGACGGGGUUAUGAUUACUUGCCACCAAUGACGCCAACCACUAGUACAACAACUACUAUGCCAAUUACACGCAGAACAUUACUAACAACUUCUGCACCGCCACCACUUGUACCAGUGCGUAGAGGUUAUCCACCUAUUUUACCUUCUAAAAGUUAUAAUGACUUGCCACAUGUAACCGAAGAUCCUAUUGAAACAAAUAUUAUAAGCAGAAAUCCAAACGAUUCGAAAGAUAUGGAAAAACGCCAUAUUUGCGUGCAACAACGCACAAUAACGAUGCCUGUGAAGACCACAGAGGUAUAUACUCGUCCAAUCUGGAAACAUAUCAGCACGCCUUGUCAACCACAGAUGCAUGCAAAUCAGAUGUGCACACGCGUUCAAUUGGUGCACGAACAGGCAUUCAGAGAUGUCAUACGUCACAAAUCAGCACAACAGGUCACUUAUGACUGCUGCAACGGCUGGACACGUGAGACGCCGCACACAGAUUCCUGCAUGAAACCUGUCUGUUCUACACGGUGUCAAAAUGGUGGCACUUGUAGUACACCCGAUACUUGUUCAUGUCCAAAGGGUUACACCGGACGCUACUGUGAACACGAUAUAAAUGAAUGUAAAGAAGAGAAACCAUGUGAUCAGACCUGUGUCAAUACGAUUGGUGCAUACUAUUGUAAGUGCCGUGAAGGUUUUGCAUUGCAAUCAGAUCAACAAAGCUGUAAAAAAAUAGACUUACGUGAAGAUGAUGCAUUUGAAGCACGGGAUUUGGAAAAUGAAAUAGAAGGCGGCGAGAAUGUAGUAGCUCGCCUACAUAAAAUUGAACGUUCCUUAGCUAAUGAACGUGUACAAACGCAUGAACUACAGAAGUCACUGCAAGCAACGUAUAAUGUAGUGGACACAUUAAAAAGUCGCUUAAACACAUUAGAAAAACAACAACAGGAUAUAAAUCGUCUUCAAACGAAUCUCUUCGCUACAGAAUCACGCACCAAUAAACUGGAAGGAAUGCUUAAUUUACUUAUGAAAUGUCGAAACGGUCCGAAUGCGAAUUGUCCAUAAAUACGUUAAAUACCUUAAAUAGUUCGUAAUUAUUAUUUAUAAUUAAAGUAACAUGAACAGA